UAAGAAUGUCUCAUCACGCCUACCUUCGUAUCCUGGGCUACGUCACUACCAUAGCGCUGCACGUCUCCAAUAUCACGGUGAUGAUGACCUCCUUCCAUGGAGAGCCCAUGAAGAAUGCCUACGUCAGACAUUUUAGCGAAAUGCAGUUCUUUUUCUUUACAUGUUGGACUUUUUUCUUCCAAACAGUAUACGCGAUAUUUGCUCUCUACACUGAUGUCCUAACACUGAAGAAUACAGACAACAAGUUAUAUGAGCUGCCCAAACUGCUGGCUGGGGCGAGAGAUGCCUUCUUCACAAUUAUGGUUUACCCAUCUACAAUUCUAGUCUUCACAGUCUUCUGGCCGUUCUUCUACUACGAUAGGAGUCUUCUGUUCCCUGCAGACAUCGACUUGGUGAUCUCGAAGACUUCCAACCAUAUAAUGCAUACUUACAUACUUCCUAUUGCCAUCUGGGAGGUCAUGUUUAGGAGGAGGAAGCCUCCCAAAUCACAUGUGUGGCACAUUUUGGGAGUCGAAGCUCUUGCGCUGACGUAUUUUUCCGUAUUGUUCUUCGUCCACGCCGUCAAAGGCGUCUGGAUAUACCCAAUAUUCGGCAUUCUGAAAGGAUCUAUAUUGUUUUACUUAUUCUUCUUGGCGAUUCUAGCAGUUUUACCAUUUAUGUACUUUACGCAGUGGACAUUAACUUCUCUGCUAUGGGAGGGAAAGAAGAAGAAAGUUUAUUGAGAGAAGAAAGAUAGAGAAGGGGGAGGGAGAGAAGGAUUGA